AACACUAAUUUCUGAAGAAUCAAGAAACCUUAUGGAUGAGAGCGAAAGGAGUACCACUGCCGGCAGCGAGGAUGAUUCGGUGGAGAGAAUAUUCGAGAGAAAGAGGUGCCAUUGAGGUAGAGACAGCUGACGCUCCGGGCGAUUGCAGUGAGCUUCAUUCUGGCCAUUUUGUUCACGUUCAUCGUGAUGAAGCUGAAUCUGACGGCAGGGAUCAUCCCAUCGCUCAACAUCUAAGCUGGCCUCCUCGGAUUCUUCUUCGUCAAGACGUGGACCAAGUUUCUCGAGAAAUCUGGCUUUCUCAAGCAGCCAUUUACUAGGCAGGAGAACGCCGUCAUUCAAAUUUGUGUGGUCGCCUCCUCCGGCAUCGCCGCCAGCGGAGGCUUUGGAAGCUACCUUCUCGGUAUGAGCGAAGUUAUCAGCAAUCAAAUUAGUGAAGAUAAUAGCCCUCAGAAUACUAAAAAUCCUCAACUUUCAUGGAUGAUUGUGUUCUUGUUUAGCGUUAGCUUUUUGGGUCUCUUCACUAUUCUACCUCUUCGAAAGAUCAUGAUCAUUGAUUAUAGACUUACUUUUCCAAGUGGUACAGCAGCAGCUCAUCUCAUCAACAGUUUUCACAGUCCCAAGGGAGCCAAGUUAGCCAAGAAACAAGGAAGAGCUUUGGGGAAGUUCUUCACCUUCAGCUUCCUCUGGGGUCUCUUCCAAUGGUUUUUCACAGCUACCUAUUCAUGCGGAUUCAGCAGUUUCCCUACAUUUGGCCUUAAAGCAUAUGAUAACACGUUCUAUUUUGAUUUCUCAGCAUCAUAUGUUGGUAUUGGUAUGUUAUGUUCGUAUAGCAUUACCAUAUCAAUGCUGGUUGGCGCUAUCCUGUCGUGGGGCUUUAUGUGGCAGCUGAUAAACAACCAGAAGGGCGACUGGUACUCUGCCGACUAUCCAUCUUCCAGCCAUGAGGGGAGGUUCUAGACUCACUUUUCCAGCAGGGUCUUGACAUUGCCAUUGAAGAAAAGAAACCAGAAGAUAUAGAUGAUAAAUAUUGGAGUACCAUAAAUCGGUUAGCUAGUGGAACAAUUCGGUCGUGUCUAGGUUUGGAUCAGCAAUAUUCCAGAAUUCAAAUAUUCAAAGCUCCAAUCGCAGUGUGAAGCUAGGUUUGAGUUCCCCGUGCCCGGGCUGGAGUUGGGGCUCUCACAAGAGGGGCAAAUGGGGCUCCUAAUGGCGGACGGAGGGAGUACCUGUUAUCCACUGUCAAUUUUUUUCAAGCAUGA